UUCAUGUUCAAAUUUUCAAAUCAUACAAUUCCUUUACUCCACUAGUGUCUUAAACCAUUCCAAAUACAUUACACUUCUCUUUCUUAACCAUUAUAGCUAAUUUUAGGACAUGGGCUCUUUGAUAGGUCAUGUGGCACCAGGACUUGGAUUCUUCCUCAUUGGCUUAUGGCACCUCUUUAACCACAUCAAGCUGCACGCCCUUCGGCCAUCCUCCUACACCGCGCAGCCAUGGUUCCCGGCCUCAAAAUUCCGAUACUCCGAGCUCUACCUCAUCAUGGUGGGCUCCACAACCUCCAUAGCCAUGGAACUCUUCGUCAGCCCUGACCGCCACCAGCCACUCGACAUCGACGGGACCAUCCCUUCCAACCAUCUCCAUACUUUCGAGCACUCCUCCAUUUCCCUUUCCCUUCUCGUCUACGCGGCCUUGGUCGUCCUCCUAGACCGAAUUUCUCCCAAAAGUACUCACCAUGGCUUGAUCUAUUUCCUUGCCUCCAUAACCUUUGCAGUAGAACUUCUCCUUUUUCAUCUUCACUCAACCGACCACAAUGGUCCAGAAGGCCAAUUCCAUUUCUUUCUCGAGCUUGUGAUUUAUGUUUCCUUAGUCACAACCCUAAUGGGAAUCGGUUUCCCAAAUAGUUUCAUGGUAAGUUUUGUGAGGUCUCUAAGCAUAUUCUUCCAAGGUGUUUGGUUUAUGGUGAUGGGGUUCAUGUUGUGGACCCCGCACUUCUUGCCUAAGGGUUGCUUCUUGUCCGAUGAUGAUGGUCGUAAAGUGGCCAGAUGCUCAGGAGAAGAGGCACUUCACAGAGCCAAGUCGCUUAUAAACCUAGAGUUCAGCUGGUUCUUGAUUUUUAUUGCAGUUUUUGGAAUAUUCUUCUACUUGGUUUUGCUUAAGAUUUAUGGUGAAAAGGCUCAUUACUUUUCUUUGGCGAGGAAAGAAGAGAAGGGAGAAGAAGACUCGUAUGAUAUUGAGUCCCAAAAGAAUAUCAUAUCAUGAUUUUCAAUGAUAUUCUUUUGGGACUCAAUUUGAUAUCCAUGCAUGCAUAUGUCUUAGUUUGGCAUGCAUGCAUGGAGAUUAGAAUUAAGAAAAUGUUUAAGGUAAAGUCAUAAGAUAUCUUAUAAAUUACUUGUAUGUCAACUUUGUACUAUAUAUGCGUGUGUGUGUGUGUAUCGUAUUUAGUUUGGCUUGGU